AUGGAAAAGUACAGCCUCCCCUUGAAGAAAGAUAUGGACGGCGCCGGAAGUGCUCAUCGGAAACUUGUGUGCGUGAAACAAGUGAUGCAGGAGGCACCGGAAGACUGGGAUCCGAGCUUGCCUCUACCGGGGGAUAUUAUUGAAGGAUUUGCAAAGGAUGAUGCCGACGACAUGUUUGUGCCGGUCAAGGCAAAGUCAGACCUAAGCUCACAGCUAGGGAAGCUUAAUAAUCAACAGGUGGAAGUCAUCUGGGUGAAGGUUAGAAGGGGAGAUAGAGCAAUGAAACUCCAAGCACGUAUUGUUCAGGAGAAGUUUUCAAUGGCGCUCCAUAAAAGAUACACCAUUCGAGCUGUGGGAGAUGACAGACAUGUUGCUGUUUUGGGGGAUUUGACCUUGGAUCAAUGCACUGAAUUGUACGAAAGGAGCCAGAGCGUUGUAAAUUUGGACUGCUGGGAAUUCAACAAAAGGGGUGUAAAGUAUGAUUGGAAGAUGAAAGUGAGAACCUACCUGCCGGACCAACGCUCUCCAGUUGUUAGCUCAAUACUGUUCAUACGGCUGCAAUCCGAGUACUGCAUCGAGGCAACUACAGCAAGAUGCAUGGCCUGGUUUUCAGCAGCAAUUUCUUCGGGGAUUCCUCUAGUCUUUGUUAAUAUCCAAACAGAACAAAAGGAUAAAACAGGAAGAGAAAUAAGCUGGGGUAGGCAACAAAACGCUACAUUUGCACAGAAAGUACAUGGUAUAAGACUAUGGUUUUUACCUGGAAUUGAAGAAGUUCCAUUGGAAUUGAUCCCCCGACCAGGGGAAGCGCGGUUCGGAAUGGACAUCAAAAGAACAGAAGAGGGCUUUAUCUAUGUCUAUGCAGUAACAAGAGGUCUAGCUGCUGAUCGCUCUGGGCUUAGGCACUUACAUGAAGAAGCAAUUGCAAAUGGAUACCUUCUUGUGAUCUCUCGACUAGAAGGCAAGAGUCUUAUGCCUACAGGUGCCAGCUCCGAUGGUCUUGUACUUUGCUGUGAUCACAAUGAAAUUAGGGACACUCUCUCUUCAGCAAUGCUUGAAAUGGAUAGAAUUCAACUUCACCAUCUCAUUUUUCACUGUACAAUGAGAGCUGAAGAUCUAUAUGCUGGAGAAGAGGUUCUCACUGGAGCUCUUUGUCUAGAAGUUGAAGAAGAAGUCGAAGAAGAGUUUGGCCAAAAAGUCCCUCCAAGGACUCCAAAGAAAAAGUCAUUGAAACCGUAG